AUGGCCAGAGCUACCCUCGAAGAGUUGGAAUUUGGGACAGUCACCCCAAUUGAGGAGGGAAUAUACCACUCUCACUCUGUACAUAAUAAUGGUCCACGAGUAGUAAUUGGGAAGGCACAAGGGAUUUAUGUUGCCAGCUCUGAAGAAGGGAGUAGCCACAUGAUGGCCAUAACGGCGAGUUUUGGUGAUGAGGCUAAUGGUUUGAGGUUCUUUGGGGUGAGAAAGAAGGGUGUCACUGAGUCUCAUAUUGCUGUUAUUGGAGGUGUUGGCAAGUACCAAGGUGCCAAUGGUUAUGCCACGUUGAAGAGAGUCAAUAACUCACAGUCCGGGAAGGAAGAGAACGAAGAUUCUAAGCUUUUUAAGUUUAGUGUCUAUCUCAGAUAUUAA